AUGGCAGGCUCAAACGGUGGCCGAUUGUGGGCACAGUCUGAAGUGCUGAGCAUCGCUGAGCACUUUUUAGCCCGCUACGCAACACUCUCCGUCAUCGCAGAACUGGUUCUGACGAUAUUAUUACCAGCAACUCCGAUUUGUCACGGCUGCGAUCGAAACACAUUUGAGACCUGCGUGAAGGCAUUUAACGCUGAGUGGCACUACGCCUGUUUCAAGUGCAAAGCGUGCAAUUUGCCAGUACAAAAUAUGGAGUUCGUUCUUCACGAGGGAUUCGCUUACGAUGAAGAUUGCUAUUAUUAUGAAAUAAAAGAAGUCAAAAAGUUCUAA